ACCGAAUCCACUCACCUCCAAAACAUAUCUCCUUCUUUACUUAGUUCAACUCAACCCAAGGAGAUAAUUAAUAUGGCUCUGGGAAGAGGCAGUGCAGUGGUUCUACUACUUUGCUUCUUGGUGCUUCAGUCUGAGAUGGCUCGUGCUGCCACUUAUAGAGUUGGAGAUUCUAGGGGUUGGACCUUUAACACCGUUACCUGGCCCCAAGGAAAACGCUUUAGGGCAGGUGACACACUUGCGUUCAAUUAUAGUCCAGGGGCUCACAAUGUGGUGGCGGUGAGCAAGGCUGGGUAUGAUAGCUGCAAGACUCCAAGAGGAGCCAAAGUGUAUCGGUCAGGGAAGGAUCAGAUCAGACUUGCUAGGGGACAAAACUACUUCAUCUGCAAUUACGUUGGUCACUGCGAGUCUGGGAUGAAAAUUGCCAUCAACGCUGCAUGACUUUCUUCUCUACUCAUACGCAUCUAUUCUAACGCAAACUGCACCCCUUUAGUGGGAAUCAACUUGUCUCCUUUAAAUAAAUGGAUAGAUAUAGGACGUGUGUGUUAUUUAAGAAAAAGGGUAGCUAUGUGUGCUCUCCUAUGUAUGUAACUUAUUAUCUAUUGAUGAUUCAGAAUAAAUGUCGGCAGUAUAUCAUAUCUCUCA